GUUGCAAGGACUAUCACAUAGAACGGCUAACAGCAGCUUGGAAAAGCUUUUCUUUUCCAAAGGCUAUCAUAAACAGAAAGAAAAUGAAAAUAAUACUAGUAUUACUCUUCGUAAUUUCUCUAGUUGCUGCAACAAGAAUAGAUGGAGAUGAGUUUUCCUUUGUACCAGAAUCUCCUGAGCCAAGGUUUGCUAUGUUACAUGAUGUGCAAUUACUAGCCAACGGGCUGCUCCAGCUUGGGCGUGGCCUUAAAGACUUUGCCAUCAAGACCAAAGGCCAGAUGGAUGACAUCUUUCAGAAACUUCACCUUUUUGACCAAUCUUUUAAUGAGAUCUCGAAACAAGCCAAUGAGAUAAAAGAAGACGAGGAACAGCUAAAAAACACUACUUCUAUGUUGCAAGUCAAUAACGAAGAGAUAAGGAACAUCUCUGUGGAGCUGAAUUCCAAGAUAGAAAUACUUUCACGGGAGAAGAUUCAACUUCAGGAUAAAGUAGGGAAGCUGGAAGAAAAAAUAACCAAAUUGUUUCAGACCCAGAUUGAAAAUCAGGAGCCCGAAGAAAUUGCAGCACUUAAAGUAAGUAGCAGGUAUGGAAUAGAUUUAAUAUUUCCAAAUUUACCUGAAAUGGUUUCCAUGCUACUAAUGGAAUCCAAAGCUCCAAAGUCAAUUAUGACCUUGUUGCACUAAUAUCAGUGAUGUAAAAUAUACUUUACCUAGUGGCUGUUUCAUACAGUUUUGCUUUGUUUCCAGUGAUAAGUAAAAUUAAGAUGCUAAAAUGUUUUUAAAAAUUAAGAUGCUAAAUUAGAUCACUCUUCGGGGAAGGAAUAGCCAAAAAUUCCUUUGCAAAUCAAGUCAAUUUGUGUUCAAGUACAAGUGUAUUGGAAAGUACAGUACUGUAUAGGAAAAUGUUCUGAUGCCUUAGAGCAGUACUCUCCAGAUGUUGCUAGACAUCACCUUGACUACUGGCUAUGCUUGCUGGGGCUAAUGGCAGUUAGGAGACCAACAAUAUCUGCAGGCACCAUGUUGGAUACCCCUGCUAUGAUGAUAAUAAUUUUAUUAUUUAUACCCCGCCCAUCUGGCUGGGUUUUCCAGUGCAAACAUUUUCCAGUGCAAACUGCCCUUGUUUAUGCACAGGAAUGUUUUCCACUUCAAACAUUUCCAGGAAAGCCACAUCACUGCAUUUUGAGGAAUGAAAUGAACGUAGUUAUCAAGAAAGCAACAACUGGUUCUCUACUGUAAAUUUGUUCCUAAAUGUUUGUUGUGCAUUUAUGUAAAAUGUAUCCUGUGGUACAAGGAUACUUCAUGACUUUUUCUUCUUUAAUUAGUUUUUUGGAGGAUAGUUUUGGAUCAACAGCAAACUGCACGGAAUAUCUAGGGAACUAAACAAUGGCUCACGUAUGCUCUGUGCUUUACCAAAAAGCAACCAGAAUGAGAUGAAUUAUUUUAACAAAAGCCAGGGAUGGUCAGUGUUCUAAACAUGUAAGCCACAUGCUUUUGCGCCUAGAAUUUUUUUCCUGGACAGUCCAUAAAGGAAGAUAAUCAGAGUACCCUGGGUGGCUGGAACCGCUUCCCUUUCAUAACAUAAGACUAUGACAUAGGAAAGCCUCAUUUAUUUUUAAAUAUUGUACUUUUCACAGCUUGUCCUUACAAAAUUUAAAACAGACUGCUGCUUUAAAAAUAAUAAUUCCACAAUCAACACAACGAGUAACUCAGCUGCAACUGAUAAUGUAUCAACCAAGUGCCAAAAGCAACAUCAGCAAAGCGGUAAAAGAUCAUGAAAUAAUUUAAGCAAAAAGCCUAGAAAAAUGAAAUGGUGUUCAGCUGCUGCCCAAACAAUAAAAGCACAAGCACAAAGCAUACAUUUUGGGGGCAGGAUGUCUCCAAGAUAUGGCAAAACUACUAAGAGCAGUUGGAGCAGGGCCUCUCUGAUGACAGUUCACUGAGUAACUUUGUACAAGAUGGUCAGGUUUGUAUGAGUUGUUGUUGUUGCUGAAGUAGAAGGAAAUGGCUUAUGAAUUCAGCCAGCCAGCCAGGGGAAAGGAAAUAGAAGACAAUCAGGACUCAAAGGGUAGGAAUGAAUUAAGAGUUUCUCCAUGAUGGCCAGCAGUGGUGUACACACCAGUACGAGAAGGGUGCAUCAGGUGGAUUCUCAAAGACUGAACUCCUUAAACUUCCCUUUGGAUAUCAAAGGUCCUUUCCAGCAAAAUGACUGCUUUUUUAGGGGGUGAGAUGGGGUGGGAUGCCAAAACAGAUAAUAAAAGCAAGUCCCAGACAGCAGCUUUGCUUCAGUUCCAAGAAACCAGCUCUUAAUCCACUGCUUUUUUAGGGCAGAGUACAAGAUCCAUAGAUUAUGAAGCAAAACAGGAUUGUUGCAUGAUUUGACUAUACAAAACCAUCCCUCCAAAUAAGACUGAGGAUAUACCUUCUGUUUAGCAUGCUAAGACAACAGCCUUUGGUGAAAUUGGCUUGCACUGAGAGGUGCCCUUCUCCUAGCAGAAAGCCUCCUGCAAGGACCCUAAAUCCAAAGAAGCUCUUCUAUCAGCAAUAUUUUACACAAAAUCUCUUUUUGUAGCCUACUAGAGCACAUAUGGGACGUGGGUGAUACUGUGGUCUAAACCACAGAACCUAGGGCUUGCCGAGCAAAAGGUGGGCGGUUCGAAUCCCCGCGACCGGGUGAGCUCCCUUUGCUCGGUCCCAGCUCCUGCCCACCUAGCAGUUCAAAAGCACGUCAAGUGCAAGUAGAUAAAUAGGUACUGCUCCAGCGGGAAGGUAAACAGCGUUUCUGUGUGCUGCUCUGGUUCGCCAGAAGCGGCUUAGUCAUGCCGGCCACAUGACCCAGAAGCUGUCUGUGAACAAAUGCCGGCUCCCUCGGCCUACAGAGCGAGAUGAGCGCGCAACCCCAGAGUCGUCUGCGAUGGGCCUAACGGUCAGGGGUACCUUUACCUUUAGAGCACAUAUACUACAAAUCCAAAUCAGGGGUGGAAAACCUGCAACCCUUCAGAUGUUGGUGAACUUACUCACCAAGCGCUUUGAGGGUUUUUUCUACAAUAAAGCAGUAUUUACAUUUUAUGAAAUAAACUCGCAACAUCCCUCAGCCACAGCCAGCAUGGUGUAAUCCACCAAAAUCUGGAAGGCCACAAAUUCCCUAUCCCUGGCCUAGAUCCUCUGUACUCUGCAUAUUUCUCAUGCUGUAAAACACUGACUCCACACUGAAAUACAUCAGUCAGAGCUUGAUCAAGAGUUCAUGGACCUGCACUAUUAAAUUUUCUCCUUCUGCUUCAUGGUCCUUUGAAACCAAGCCACUGUUUAUGCUCUCCCUGCAGAACUUUGUCGAGCAGCAGGACAACCACCUCAGAUCCCUUCUCAAAAGAGUUCAAGCGCAGCAUGUUCAAAUUGGCAAACAACAAGAACAAAUAGAAGACCUGGAAGAGAAGGUAACAUUGCUGCUUUACCAAUGUCCUCCUCCAAAUCAGGGCAGUCUUUUCAGGGAUAUUAGGUGAUUUUUGAGACAGCUGGGAACUGAGGAAGAGGUAAAGGGUGCGGAAAUGGGGAGAAAUAAAGAACUGAUGGGAAAAGUACAAACUACUGAAUAAAUAGCAAAGUGGACAGGGAAUAACUCAUCUUACACGAUGAUUUAAUAAUUUCAAUACAUUUCCAUCAUACUCUAAGAUAAUUUGUGGACACUAUGUGUCUUCACUGUGUAUUCCCAAUGUAGCUCCAGGAUUGGAAUGGAAAAAUAACAUUUCCUUGUUGUAUUUCAACUUGAAAAAUUCCGAAAAUACUUCUUUCAGGUAACGAUCUUUACCACUCUUGUGGUAAAAGAAAUUGGGCAUGCCCCACACAUGACUGUAGAAAGGUAUUGGGGAGGGGAAAUGCUUCAUUCUCAGGAAUUCUCUUGUAAAGAUAAGAGGUCUCUACCAUCAGUAAACCACUUCUCCCCAUUCUGUUAUCUCAAUAUACCUGGGCUCCAAAGUGUCAGUAGAUGAAUGACAAAUUUUACUAACAAAAAACAGACUAAUAAUAAUAAUAAUAAUAAUUCUCUGUCUCCCCAGCUAAGCGGCCCUGGUUUUCAAGACAACACACAGACUUUAUUCCCCUUGAGAGAAGAAAAUGAAACAAGGCAAACUAAACUUAAUGCAACAGCUAAAGUUCAAGAUUACAAAGGUAACUGCCCCUGUGGAAGAAGAAGAAACAAAUAAUCCUUGUGUACACUGUCAUCUGUGAAUACUGUUCUAGUAUACAUUUUUCUACGAGUAUACAUCUUUGAACACCACACUGUUAAAUUCUCUUUAUUACUUUUGUUGGAAAAACAAGUGUGGCCUUCCACAACAUGUUGCAGUGUAUCCUCCCUCCAAAAAAGGAAAGCUCCUAUUUAGGCUUCCAGUCAUCCAUUCCCUACAAGUAGGACAUUCUACUCUAUGUCCUCCCCACUCCCUGCUCAAUUAUUUUUUCUACUGUCACUGUUCAUUCUGUUGUUAACGAACAUGCUCAUUUGGCUGUUUUGAUGGAGUUUGUCCAUUUAGGGUUGUUUUCUUUUUAAAAGCUUAUUUCUGCAAGCCGCAAGUUUUCCCCAAGCAUGCCAAUACUUCCUUCUCGUUUCUCAGCGGCCAUUUUGGCUACCAUUUUGUCUGCGCUACCAACUGGAUGGGAUAAUGUGACAUAUUAAAAAUAAUAACAAUCUAAAGAAGAAUGGGAACCCUUUACAAAGUACUUAAAGAAACAACAAAAUGAACUGGACUCCUUGGCAGGUUUUGAAUAAACAUUCACAAACCUUUACUUGGUAAUAUAUAGAUAGAUAAAUAAAGGAUAUUUACAAUUUUAUAACAUGAAGAGAAUAACCUGUGCUGAAAAAUCAGAGAGAGGAGCUGAGGGAAGUCCGGGGGUGUGUGUGUUCCUUUUUGGGGAGGGGGGAGGGGGAAAAUGGGAGUGGUGAAUGAGGAUAAAAUGUUAUGUUGAAAUUCCUAAUAAAAAUAUUCAAAAAAAAUUUUUUUAAAAAAACAAUCAAAGGAAUGAUUCACAGCAUUCUUUACUACAAUAUCAUCACCCAAGUCCCUGCCACAAUACUGAGUGCAUUUCAGUGUGCCUUAAACUCACCCCGCAGGACUUUAGUCAUGCAUUUGUAACUUUUAAAAUCUUGUUGUUCUUAGGAAAUGCUACUGAUUGCAUGUGGAUAUACAGCAGAGGUGAAAGAUCUAGUGGCAUUUAUUCUAUUAAGCCCAGAGGAUCUGAGCCUUUUAAUGUCUACUGUGAAAUCAAAGCAGGUAAGUCCAGCUACACCAGGGACCAUCUAAUUCUCCUGCUAAAAAUCAUUAUGGACUUCAUUUUCUGCCCUGAAUGAUGUUAAGUGUUCCAUUAGGGAAACAUAGGAAGUUACCGUAUACUGAGUCAGGCCCAUCUAGCUCAGUAUCAGUUUAACUACAGUUGGUCAAUAGUUAACUAGGAUUACCAAAUAAAAAAUGGUGCUGUCAGUAGGAUCAAUUAUUUAUGUUCCAACUGGGUCAGAUGAGGAUGGCACGACAGAAUAAUCAUCACAACUAAACCUCUUCCAGCAGUGGACAAGUGGCAUAGACAACUUUCACACCCAUGCAUGAAAUUCCCAUGGGAGUAAAUUCAAUGAAUUUUUUCUAUAUUUAACUGCAUUAAAAAGCAUUCAUGGGGGGCACAAUAUGGACUGAGCCUAUGUUUGCUGCAGUCCAAAACUAGGGGGGAGGGCAAUAAAGCAGGUAAUAUUUAUAGUUUAUAGUUUAUAGGUAAGUUUAUUUAUCUUUUUUCAUACACAGAAAGUGCAUGGACAGUUAUUCAAAACAGAUCUGAUGGAUCACUAGAUUUCAACCAAACCUGGGAGAACUAUAUUCAUGGAUUUGGCAACCUGGAUGGUAAAUACAUUCUCUUACAUUUCCCUAAAUAAUUGAAGUGUUUUUAUGUGCUAAAAUAGUAGUUGACUGUGUUUUAUGUAAACAUCAACACGUUAAAGUAAGUGAAAAACACCUUUGGGAAAAUAAGGGAUGAUUCACAUUUGCAUGUUUUAAACAGGUUAGCUUUCUUCACCCCCAUUGUUUUGAUCUGAAUUGGUGCACAGUGAACAGCUUGAGAUUCAAUCUACCCUUGCACUAACCCACAGAGCAUCAAAGGCAGGGUGCCCCUCUAAAGACCAGUUUGCUAAAAGCACAUGCAAGAUGGGUUAACAGAAAAGAAGUUAAUCAGAAUGAAUAACCUGUCAAAACUGGGUUUUAUGGAUAGAGUCUAAUAUACCUACCACUCAGAUGUUUAAAAUACAUAACACAAUGUAGAUUAAGAAAAAUAUACCCUGCACUUCAGAUACAUAUCCACCUUCAUGUUUACAUGUACAGAACAUUUUUGCUUAGGGCUUAAAACCAUUGACUAAGUCUAUCAGGCAUUUGACUGAUGCAGAUGACCUGUACAACACCAAAUUGAGAUGUACAGUUCAUGUGGAUGAAUCCAAGAAUUUAGUUGAUUUAUGUACUGCUUGGCAAUCCCAAUCACUACCUUCUUCUAUCCUGCCCUCACCCCACUAUAACCAUGUAAUACAAGGAGAAUCUUGCAUGGCAACAGCUGCAGUUCCAUGCAAUGCAAGAUAGGCAGGGCUCAACCUGACCAUUUCACAGAAUCACUCUCUUCAGUUUUCACAAUUUACUGCACCCUUUCGCAGGCACAAGACUCCCCUCUGUGUUUUUAGUGUGAAGCUUUUCCCUGGCACUGGCAAAGCAGCACUGGCAGCUGCUGUGCUAUUAUCAAGAGGUAGUGCCUGCUUUUGUUACUUCAAAAACUUUCCGAGUUGAGUGAGUGAGGAAGUAUGUAAGGAGGCACUUUCUAGGUGCCUAAAAUACAGUACUAAAGUGCUAAAGAUCUGUAAACAUAGCAAUGCAGACAAAAAGAUAUUUCUAUUAUCUCAAUGUUUUUUGCGGAAAAUAUUGGACCAAAUGAGGCCAGAAAAUACUCAAGAAACUUUACAGCAUAUUAGAAUUAAACUUCAUAAUAUACAGUAGAAAAGUUGCCAUGUGGUGACUGAUACAACAGGCGGUUUUCAAGCAUAUCACACAGUGAAUAGCACUGGGUCAACAUAAAGCUCAAUGGGUUUCCGCUGAAACAAAAUCCUGGUUUCUAAACUUAACCAGCCAAUCAUCCCAUCAGAGGACCAGGCAGAAAGAAACCACCCUUAUUUGCACUGGUUAAUCAUCCACUUGGGACACCAAGGUGCAGGCUAACAGACACAUCGUCCAGCACACUUUGCUAAAGGUAUGUUCCAAGCUGCUUCUACAGAGGUGCUAAAGGGGGGCAAGAAUUGAAGUGGCAACCCUGUUUGGCCACCAGGACAGGGAGCAACAUAUAUUAGCAAUUAUCCUGAAAUCACUUAGUGAAGUCCUGAAAUAUUUUGGUCCAUAAGUAGUUUGAUUGGCUUCAUUAUCAUUACUCGCAAAACCAUAAUUUCAAGACUGCAAAGUCAAUUUUAUACACCUGGAGCUGGACUAAACUAACCUGGUGCACUAGUGGAAGCCUGUGAAAGAACUCAUGGUGCAAUGGGCCUCCUCCUCCUCCUCCUCAAUCUGCUCUGGGGGGUCAGGAGAAGUCCCAGAAUAGUGUGCAAGCAGAGGAGAGGGGAGAUUCUGCCUGGAAUGCAGAAAUGUUUACACUUACAGAACAGUUGUAAUAGCAUGGUCUUCAAUUCCACCCCUAGCAUCUAGGGAUGUCUCAAAACAUCUAUUCUUCUAUUACUUACAUGAAGUUGAAUAAUACAGUCAAAUCACUGGCCCAUCCAGCAAUGGCUCUCCAAGAUCUCAGGCAAAGAGCCAUUUCCUACUAUUGCCAUCCAAGAUCCUUGUUACUAAAAACUCCUGGGGACUGAACUCAGGAUGUUAGAGAUGCUAAGGAAAUGCUGUUAUCAGUAAAUUAUGGGCUUUUCUAGCUGUUAUUUGCUAUGUAGAGCAGACAUGUCUAACAUCAAAGACUCUCUUCUUAAACCAGAGUGCUAUUGGAUUCUGACCAAAUGUUACUGGAUUCCAACUCCCAUCAGUCCCAGACAUCAUCCAGCAACAUCUGGAGGGCCAGGGGUUUCCCACCCCUGCCCUAAAAUUCAUUACAUAGAAAAUAUUUCCACAAAAUGUGGCCCACCAUGAGUUUGAUGGUUUGCAGUUCACUUGAACUCAUGGACAGUUUGUUCCAAAGAGAGGUAGGGGAAAUCCAAAUAAAUUUAGCAUGUGCGACACUGCAAAAAUGUCUGAACGAUCACAAGGUCUUCUUAAGGAAAAACUUCACAUGUAGAUUAGCUCAAAAAGCCGUUAAGUGCCAUCUCCCCAUUUCCUCCCAGCUGGGACCUGUGUUAUAUAAUUCGCAUUGAAGACACAAACAAGCUCUGUACAAUUUCAUUUCCUCCUAAUAGCUACAAAUUGUUUUGGCAUUCCCAUAGCUUGUUACAGGUAUUUUCAGUCCUCCUUAUAUUAAUUGGAAACUAUGGUAGCUCCAUUUAUGACAUGAGAUUGGAUUGUCUAUGGUGUAUGAAAGUCCCCACAACAAUAUUGUUCUCAAUAUGAUAUUUUGCAUUUUUUGUUUUUACAUUAAUGGUCUUCAUUAAAAAAUACUGCCCCCUACAUAAAGCUCAAGCACCUGGUUCACAUGACACAGGAAGCCAAGCUGUGGUUCAAGAGUGAAUCUUCCUUUAAAAAAAAGAGUUCAUAAGGUGAAGUUUUCAAAACUUUUGAAAUCAGAGCUUUAAGAAACGCUGACUUGGGGAGAAAGUUGAGAAUACUUUCCCACAGCAGCAAAAUCAAAGUUGAAACUGAAAUUUCAUCAUUACAUUGUAUAAAGUUUGCCUGGUGGUGAAAUCUGAAACAUAAAUGCAAAAUCACAUGUUUGUUUUAAAAGGGUACAUUUUAUCUUUUCCACUAUUUCUUGCUCAAAUGUCCUCUCAUUUACCUUUGCCAAUUUGGAAUGACUCCAUUGGCCCAACUUUAGUGAAAAAAUGCCUUAAUGUAGUUAUUCUGGAAAAAAGGUAGAAGAAAAUACAACUAUUUUUUAAAAGUAGAAUACAAUGUGCACUUACUUCUAAGAAAACAUGCUUAGUUUUGCACUCCAUGUAAUUCACUUAGAAUGUUCAAUUUAAAUGUGCUGUGGUAAAUGACACUACCUAAAUGCCUAUUAAGAGUGCAUUCCUUUCUCAUGGCUGACACUCCAUUUCCAUAGCAAUUAAAUUUUAUAUAUGCCACUCGGUUCACUUAUCAGAGAGAUUCAUUCACACACUUUUGUUAAGUAUGCUUGCAUUAUCCCUGGCAGACUCUGGCAAGCUGCAAAGUUCCAUUCCGUUCAUAUUUAGUUUUAGUUUCCUGUUUUAAUUGAUCACUAGUGCAUAAUCUAAAAGUUGUAAACAAAAAAGAGAUAUCUCCAAGAGAGAUUAUCUGAAAAGUUCAAGGGUUCCCAAGACUCAGGUUGUCUGCUUAAUUAACCGAAUUAGUAACUCUAACUUGCUUAUGUCUUGCCAUCAGCCUAACCUAAUAGUUCAGUCUGUGCAAUUUGUAUUUUCAGGAGAAUUUUGGCUGGGCCUACAAAAGAUCUAUUCCAUUGUAAACCAAGGUGACCACAUCCUGCGUAUUGAGCUGGAAGACUCAAGAGCUAACCAACGUUAUAUUGAAUACACAUUCACCAUGGGAGGUUCAGAAACAGACUACACUGCUCUUCUCUCCAGGAUUACUGGGAAUAUCCCUAAUGUUCUGCCUGAACAGAAAGAAGUGAAGUUCUCUACAAAAGAUCACAACAGCAACACUGAAAGAAAAGUCAACUGUCCAGAAAACAAUUCAGGUAGUCUUUUUUGUACAAGCUGCUGCUUUAGUUUUUCUCAUAAAUCGGGGGGGGGGGGGGGAUACGUUGUGGAAGAUAUAGCUGCAACUUUGUCUACAAAACAUAUAUUCCCUGUUCUGAAAAAUGAAGCAUUAGGAACCAGAAGCAAAUUCUGAAGAACAACUGGGUAUGUUGGGUGAGGGACUGCACAUCUGAGUGAUCAAUCAUGUUUAGAAACAAACUUAUCUGCACUCAGAAAGCUAGCAUGUCAUAGACACUAUAACUUUUUUGCCUCAAUAUGGUAUUUUAUAAAUGUAUAUUUAAUAUGGAGAAGUAUCCAGUUGUGUAAUUUUCCACAUGCAUUCUGUACUAUCUUGGAAGGCUACAUCUUAUCAAUCUCUGAACAUGUGACUCAUCUUCUAGUGCAGGGAUGGAUAACCUAUGGCCCUCCAGAUGUUGGUGUAACUCCCAUCCUCUCUAUUGGCCAUGCUGGCUGGGGCUGCUGGGUGUUGGAGACCAACAACAUCUGCAAUGGCACAGGUUGCCCCAUCCUUGCUCUAGUGUUUCUCUCCCAUAUAUUUCUAGUCCCUAACUGAACGUCAGGCAGAACUUUAGGAAACAGAAAUAGAACUAAAAAGUGAAGUGAUCUGGCAAAGAUCUAAAAAGAGGGAGCGUAGCACACAGGAAUAACAAACUGGUGACAUGAAUUCCUGUAGAGCACCUCCAAGUAAAUCCGCAAGAAGUGCUGGUAUUCUAUAUACUUUCUCCUUAAACUGGGCAAAAACGUUAUUCUGAAUUUCCCUUUUCUGCCCCCUCCAAUGUGGAAAAUUCAAAUUUGCAGCAUGAAUCAGUAAGUUAUUUUAAUUCAUUUGCAGUUCAAUCCUAUUUAUUUUACUUCCUCUAAUAAAUGUAGAUAACUAUGAAACUGUAUAAAGUUCACCUCUGAGCGUCAGUUUUACAGAGAAUGUAAGUGUUUGAGAUAGAUAGGAGUGCUGUGGGGGUUUUUAAAUCUGACACUGGGUAAUUAAGUUAAAAUAGAAUGAAUUCUUUUUAAAAAAAGAGAGGUGGGGGUAUGGGCCAUUGUAUGCAGAAGAUACCCUGGCAUUUCCAGGUAGAGAUGAGCAUAUCUCCUACUGAAACGCUGGAGAGGCAAUGUCAAUGUAGACAACUCAGCAUAGGGCAGCUUCCUAUGUUCCUAGAGAGAGGGGUGGUGGACAUUGAGGAUUUGUGACCCAAUCUGGCAGAUGUUACGACAAGCUUCAUAGAGGUACAGUUCUUCCUAGUUCCCUUCCCCCCGAUAAGCAACUCCUCAUACAAGGGAGCCAGCUACUGUUGAUGCUACCAAGGAUUUUGAGAAGUGACAUCAAACAUGGCAUGAAAAGAAAUGUCAGAAAUCCUCCUCCACACAUGGAAGCCACUUCUAGUGCCUAAAGGGGAGACUAUGAACCACGCCCUUAGUCCUUGUUGCUAUCAAUUAAAUGGUGCUUAUAAUUUCAUCUUCAGGUGGCUGGUGGCAUACGGCAUGUGAAGAAACAAACUUGAAUGGAAAAUAUAUCAAGUCAAGUUCAAGAGGAAAACUGGAACGGAAAAAGAGAGUGCUCUAUUGGAAGCCUCAGAAAGGAAGGCCCUAUUUUAUCAAAUCAACCAAACUGAUGAUACAUUCUACAGAUUUUGAAAAUUUUGACUGAGUAUCACCAUUUGGAGUCUAUCUAAUAAAGCACAUUAUACCUUUGUCAGAGCCAAGUGAAGGCACUUUUCAGUACUCAGGCGAAAGAAUUCUAUUGUACCUUAAUGAUAUAUUUUGUUUCUGUGGCCACCAUAUACAAAAACACAGUAUGGUCAAAUGAUGGGCAGAGUAAUGGAAACGGACAAAUGCAGCCAGUUUUUUAGGAUUGUUGCUGGCUCUAGAAACCCACUGCUAGCAAGCUUUCCUUAGCUUUCCUAAGGAUAGCUAUAUCUGAAGAUGUUUACCAUACCAGUGGGAAGGAAGAAGGGAAGGGAAAAGCUUGCCCCAGGUAGGGCUUGAGCUUCCCUACCUUCCCUCCUUUCUCUCAACAGCAGAACUUGUACUACAAGGGAGUCAGGAGAAGCCAACAUUGCAGGGAAGAAGCGUGGCAAGGAGAAAUCUUGGGGCAGAAAGGAAAUAUGAUGCACAGGACAGCAGCUCACCAGCUCACCUGAUUUUCCUAGCCUGGCCCAGCCUGUAUCACCAUAGAAGAGAAUUCAGCCACUUCAUUUUGAUGGCAGAAAAUAAGCUACUGCUUUCAGGAAACAUUUAGGGGACCAUAACCUACUACCGUGGAUCUCAGUGUCACCAUAGGCAAGGGGGAAGGCUUUGUCACUGUUCUCUGUUCAAAUCAACAGCUUUCAUCGAUCUCUAUGGAAUAAAAUAAACAGGGUGCAAUGCAAUUCACAGCUUAGGAGGGAGCAAGGCCUGUCUCUUUGAAUGAAGGCUGAAGUUGUUUGUAUGAGGGAGAACAGACAUGCAUUUUACUACACAACACCUGUGACCUACUAUAGCUGGUACACACCUCUACCCAUAUGAGAUUCCACUGAAAUGGAUGGCACAAAAUUAAUUGGCUCCAUUCUGGAUUUCAUUCAAGUGAAGUGUAAAAUUUGAUUCUUGCCUAGUAGCUGCCCCCACCCCAGUGACAUAGAAAAGUGCACCCCCUUAGCUUCUUCUCUAUAGAAGAAUGUCUGCCAUUCAACCCUCCAGAAUUUAAAAUGCCACUAUGGUGAUCGUGGCCUCCCACAAUUUCUUGCACUAGCCUCUGCUGAGAGAAGGGAAAGGAAAUGACGCCAUUUGCACAUCAAGCUAAGCCAUGUGGACAAGAAUCAAUGAGCUCGAGCGAAGUAUUAGGGUUGUGUUCUCCCCUUUCCUCCUACCAUGUAGUUGGGAGGACUUCUGUCAAGCUUGAUUUCUCUUUUACAUGUUACACUUAAUGCAUGGCAUGCAACUGUGUCUCUGUUGUUGUUUCUUCUUCUUCUUUUGAACUCUAGUAUUUAACUCUUUGAAUUUCAUUGUUGAAGACACAGUAAAGUAUCUCUCACAGCUGCUGUGGAAUACCUCAAAUGAAGUGUCAUAUUGCAAAUUCAUAUUAGAUCUGCUGCAGGCCUCAAAGCUUUGAAAAUCUUUACGCUCAUCCUCUGCUUGGCUCAAUGACAUUUGCUAAAUAAACAAAUCUGCUAUCAUUUACAUUAGCA